AUGUCUCAGCACAGCCAAGAUUCGGACGAUGAACUGUUUGCGGAUAUUGAUGAAGAUGAGAUUUUGGCUAAUUUGUCUCCUGAAGAGCUAAAGGAGCUUCAGAGUGAGAUGGAGGAACUGGCACCGGAUCCGACUUUACCAGUGGGCAUGAUACAGAAGGAUCAGACCGAAAAAGCACCGACUGGGCAUUUUGACCACAGAUCGCUCAUCGAUUAUCUGCACUGGGAGAAGGAAUCUACGCGCAUGCUGGAGGAGGAGAGAGUUCCUGUUACACUUCUGCCAUCCGAGUUUCCCUCUGCACAGAGAAUAACUGCCAAAGAGGAGGAGCAGAAGGACAACACCAGUGACCAAGUCGACCAAGAAGAUAAAGAACAGCCACAAGAAGCAGUACAAGAAAAUAAUAUCGAAACUUUAGAAGAAGUUGCUGAUGUAGGCAAUGAGACGACAGGUGAAGUAGAAGAGGAGGAAGAAACAAACCAUAGUGUUAGAUCAGACAUGGAAUCAGAAGACAAGAUGGACUAUAAACAAACUGAGGAAAGUCAACUGGUAUCCCCACAGAAUGAAGAGAUUACAGAGAAGGAGCCUGAAGAAGAGAAGAGCAAUGAACACAGUUCUACAAAUGAGGAGGCUCCGGGAUCAGAUGAAAAAACUGAGGAUAAAAAAACACUUCAGGAAAUCCCCAGCUCUACCAAAGAGGAAGCUCCAGAUUUAGGUGAAAAAAUUAAGGACGAAAAACCAAUAGAAAAAAUCUCAAAAUUAAAUAUACCAAAGAAAUUGACAUUAGACGCUAGCUUCAUUAAGAUGAGCGCAAGGCCUUCUGGAAAUCAAACCAACUUGGACAGAACACUGCAGAGAAUCCGGGAGAAUAAUCCAGAUGUGACAGAAGUCAAUUUAAACAACAUUGAAAAUAUUCCCAAAGAGAUGCUGGUGGACUAUGUCAAUGCUUUGAAGAAAAACAAACACGUAAAGACAUUUAGUAUGACAAAUGUAGGAGCUGAUGAGAAUGUGGCCUUCACACUGGCCAAUAUGUUACGAGAAAACAGGAGCAUUACCACCUUAAAUAUUGAAUCCAAUUUUAUCACUGGGAAAGGAAUUGUGGCCAUCAUAAGAUGUCUUCAGUUCAAUGAGUACUUGACCGAGCUUAGGUUCCACAAUCAAAGACAUAUGUUGGGUCACCAUGCAGAGAUGGAAAUUGCAAGACUUUUGAAGGCCAAUAAUACAUUGCUAAAAAUGGGUUACCAUUUUGAAUUGCCAGGCCCAAGAAUGGUUGUCACUAAUUUACUAAGCAGAAAUUUAGAUAAACAAAGGCAAAAAAGGAAAGUGGAACAACAACAGCAACAGAUGAAAGAACAAGAAGAGAUCAUUAGCAUGUUGGAAAAUGAUCUGGGUAUGGGAAUACCUCCAGAACUUUGGGCAAUGUUAAACCAAGCUCCACCAGUUCCAAAUUCCAGGAUGCCUCCACCAACUACCAACUCAAGAAUGGAAACAAUUCAAGAGGAACCAAAAAUUCCAGUGCCACCACUCAGGAAAAGUAAACAGAACAAGCCAGAGUUUGUCUUGGAAAAUAAAUGCAAUUCUGAACCUGCACCUUUCAAGGAAGUAAAACUCAAAAAGUUUCAAACAAAAUCCACUGCCCAAAAGUUAAGAGAAGAAGCAGAUAAGGCUAGUUUGCGGGACAUGAUCCAACUCAGGAGGGCAAAACCUAAGUCAAGUGCAUCUCAAAAUUCAGAGCUGUCAGAGAAAACCAAUCUCAAAGAUGUAAUAAAAACCCUGAAGCCCGUGCCAAGAAAUCGUCCACCCCCUCUUGUCAAUCUGACGCCAAGAGAUGUGCUUCUUAAAGAUAUUCGUCAGAGCAAUGUGGCUUAUCUAAAAGCAGUACCACUUCCCAAAGAGCUGGAGUAAUGCCCGAAGUAAAUGUGAAGAAGACUAUGACAAAGCCAGUGUUGCCAUUGGUGAAAUACUAAAGACAAUGGGGGGACUGCUGUUAGUUUCAUGGGAUCAACACAUAGAAAAGAGAGUAGUGUGAGAUGUAGGAUGUAUAUAUCCAAGAUAGAUAGGGGCACACUGACUGUGUAUCUGCCAUGCUUUAUUUUGAAUGCAAAGUGCACCAUACCCUGAAGGUGUUUCUUCUAAGCCAUCAGAGAUCUUAUUAUGCAGUAAGUGUCAUUUUUUAUUUUUUAUUGUAAAUAAUGCACUGCCUAUGACUUAAUAGCGAAAACACGUUAGAAAAAAAUGUGAAGGGCAUCAUAAAUAUGGUGGUCAGUUUGAAUGUUUGAACACAAGAACAUAUGAAGGGACGGUCAAGGAAAGAAGUGCCGUCAAUGAACAUGCUGGUCCAGACAACAUGGAUUAGGAUGGUAAAUGUUAUGAGCCACUAAUGGUUGAACUAUCGAACAUGUAAAAAGGACUUGUGGCUUCCCUAUAACCUAUAUGAAAUGCUCAAUUCUGGAUAAAGAUACAAACUUUUUAGGAAAGGUAAAACAGAACUCAACCAAAACCUACUGGUUUGGGUGUCAUAUUGUAAGGGAAUCCUAGUAGCAAGAGCUUUAUUUCCUUACAGCACCACCACAGGUGAAAUGAGGCAUUACACAUUUGAGUAAUCAAACGGACAAAUGGUCUGUGUAAUGAGCAAACAUGUCAGGUGGCUACAUGGAUGAGAGGCCCCCCUUUAUUAACUCAGAAAUCCAUAGAUGGGUUAUUACAAAUGGAUAUUAUUAACUAGACAACCCCCUUAAGGAGGAU